AUGCACGGGCAGCAAUGGUCCCCAGGAGGUAAGUGCCAGGCGCUCGCACGGCAGAGAGUGACGCACCAGAAUGGAAACGCCACCACCGCGCCCACUGCAGGCCUGAAGAAAGUCAUUGCAGGCAGAAACCUUUCUCGCCACGUUGCUACGGUCAUUUAUUUCCUGGAGAAGAACGAUGUCAGUUUGAUGCCGCUCCAAUCACGCAGCAAAUGCAAUCGUUUUUACGGAAGAGAGGCCUGCAAUGUUAAGCCGCCAAACAGUGAUGCAGCCACCCUCCUCGGUGGCAGGGUUCGUUUGGACGUCACCGCAGCGUGGGACAUCAACGGAGUGACCGCAGCGAAACGAUCGUGCAGUUUUGCCCGACAGUCUGCAGGCAGACCGCUUCACCUCCCCGCACCGGGCAUGGCGUGGAACCCUCUCGACGGGUGGAGUCGUCUUGGUCUCCGUCGUGCUCGCAGCAACGCCCUGCUGCGGAGUUCCUAUAUGCAACCAGAGCCCCAGCAGCGCGACAAGGUGCGGACCCCAUCGCCGGGGCCAGGAGGAGUCGCAGUGCCUCCUGCUGUCAUCAGGGAUCCUUCUUGA